GAAUGCAAGAAUAUUAAAAUGAUGGAAAAAGGGGUUAACAUAUAAAAUAUAACAAGAUCUUCAUUUACCCUGAUGGUAAAAAUAUGAAGGGGAUUAUAAAGACGACAAAAAGCAUUGUUAUGGAGAAUAUAGAUGGAUGGUCUAUUGGAGAUGUAAUUGCAUUAUUAUAUAAUUAGAAAACAAAGGAUAAAUUUAUAAAUGAGCGAUUUAGAGUCAUUUUAUUUUAUUAAAAGAAAUGA